UCUCUCUCUCUAACUCAUCCCUUGAACAUUUCCUCCUCUCAAAGAGUUAAGAGUUAGAGAGAGAGAGAGAGAUAGGAUGGCAAUUAGGGAAAUCAAAGAUGUAGAGAGGGGUGACAUAGCAAAUAAGGUUGAGGAUCUAGGGAAACCAUUUUUGACUGAUCAAGAUGAUGAAAAAGAGAGUGAGGUUAAUGAAUCCUACUUGAUGGUUAUCUUCAGCACUUUUGUUGCUGUCUGUGGCUCCUUUGAGUUCGGCUCUUGUGUUGGAUACUCAGCGCCUACUCAGUCAUCUAUCAGACAAGAUCUCAAUCUCUCCCUUGCAGAGUUCUCCAUGUUUGGAUCCAUCCUAACAAUCGGUGCAAUGAUUGGUGCUGUUAUGAGUGGGAAGGUUUCAGAUUUCUCCGGCCGAAAAGGGGCUAUGAGAACCUCAGCUUGCUUCUGCAUCACAGGUUGGGUCGCUGUCUUCUUCUCCAAGGGUGCUUUGUUACUUGAUGUAGGAAGGUUCUUUACAGGAUAUGGGAUUGGAGUUUUUUCUUAUGUGGUCCCUGUGUACAUUGCUGAGAUAUCUCCCAAGCACCUCCGAGGUGGACUCACAACACUGAACCAACUCAUGAUUGUGAUCGGCUCAUCCGUUUCUUUCUUGAUCGGAUCUCUCAUUUCUUGGAAAACUCUUGCCCUGACCGGACUUGCUCCCUGCAUUGUUUUGCUCUUUGGCUUGUGCUUCAUACCCGAAUCUCCUCGAUGGCUGGCAAAAGCAGGCCGUGAGAAAGAGUUCCGCAUAGCCCUAGAAAAGCUGCGAGGAAAAGACACAGAUAUCACAAAUGAAGCAGAAGGUAUUCAAGGCUCGAUUCAAGCUCUGGAGAUUCUUCCAAAAGCAAUAAUCCAAGAUCUUGUUUCCAAGAAAUAUGGUCGAUCUGUCAUCAUUGGUGUU